UCUCCGAAGCGUCUGAAGAGAUUAAGACGGCCCAGCAGCAACUGCGUGAGGCCUCAAAGAACAGCGCCUGCGAGGCGACCCUGGAGGCGAUGCUCAAGGCGGCGCGGAAGAAGCGCAGCAUCGCGAGGUGGAAAGCACUGGAAACGUUCUUCGAGGGCUAUGUACGGCAGCUCGAGAAGAAGAGCCGCGAGGGGGACCAGGCGGGUUUCUACAGGCACCUGAAGAUGAUCGACGUCGAAGGUAAGAGGUCGUUCACCUCUCGGAACAUCAAGGACGAGGACGGCAGGGUCCUUCGGGACCCCACGUUUAUUCGCCAACGGUGGGCAUGGUGGUUCCACAAGCUUCUCAACACCAAGUCGCCAACCAUCGACCUGCAUGCGGCUGACAGGUCAAGCGGUGGCCUACGUACGUGCCAUUCGACGACAUCCCAUCUCUACUUGAGGUUGAGAAAGCGGUGCGGGAAAUGGCCAACGGAAAGACCGUCGGGCCGGACGACCUACCGGCUGAGCUGAUA